CAAAAACAACAGACAAAUUGGACCUGUGUCCCGAACCAACCUAACCGUCUUUGGUUCUUAAUAACGUAAACAUGACAUCAAAUGUAGAUGUCAGUGUCUCUUUUCUCAAAUAUGAACUGGCCUCAACGAUCGAGCAAGCCGUUAGAUCUGCAGUGGACACUGUUUUGAAAGAGACAGCAAGGGUUGUGGGUAUCAAACUAGCUGCUGCUCGUACCGCUGCCGCUGAGUCCCACCGAGAGAACCAAACUUUGAGGGAACGAUUGGAGAUAUCAGAGGGUGAGUUAAAAGCUGUGCGGUACUACAUGACUGCGGCCGAAAAGAAUAUCAAACAGUGCCUACUUCUUAAUAACCAAAACCAGCCUCCUCGCUCGAGUUUAGUGCGGCCACAGUCAGAGGAAAAUCUCUUUCUCUUCCCAUCCAAUACUGUUGAAAGUAACGUUAGUCAGGUACCUAGAGAGCAUUCACGCACCGUUAGGUCUUUUAGGAAUUCUCCAGGAAGGACCAGUUUCUCUAGAACACUUCCGAGCGUAGGCCUGUGCUUGCCCACUCCUCAGUCAGAAUGGCCCAGGAGUGUACCCAAUCGCCGCAGAAUAAGAUCGUCAGCAUCGCUGAACCAGUCCCUCAUGAGCCACAACCAGGCCGCCCAGGCCCCAAUAGAGCCAACUACGAUGUUAGCUGGCCCCGAGGAAGGAGCAGAUGGUCAGUUUUUCAUUGCAGACGAUGGAGUCACCAAUAAGGAAUACAAAGGCACCUUGAUCUCCACAGAGGAUGGCCACAGGAUCCCUGGUGAGCAAGAUGCGCCAAUGCAGUCAGAGGACCCACCGGACCUGAGCAAGUUUGAGUUUGAGGUGGGUGGUGCGGCUGGUAAUGUGAAUGAGCUGGGCCUCAUUCAGGUGCUGGAGGACCAUGAGGAGGUCAAGAACGCAAUGAUCAAGAUCGAGGACGACCCUGAGCAUCAGAACGCGGCCGCCUCUGGCCCUGAUCUCAUUGCGGUGUCAGCAGCAGCAUCAGCUGCUCUUUCGAUCAGCGUGUCCACGUCUUCCUUGCUGUCUUUGUCCCAGGUGUCAGGUCCUCCUCCGAUGAUGGGGCUGGGCGAGGCCAGCGUGCCCCUCCAGAGCUCCGGCCAGACGUCGCGGGACGGCUCCGAGAAGAUCUACCGCUGCAACGUGUGCGGCCGCGGCUUCCGGCGCUUCUACUGCCUGAAGACGCACCAGCGCAUCCACACGGGCGAGCGGCCGUACCCGUGCCGCUACUGCGAGAAGCGCUUCCGCCACCUGGACAGCCUGCACAAGCACCAGCGCAUCCACACGGGCGAGAGGCCCUACCGCUGCGCCCAGUGCGGCUGCUGCUUCCGCGAGCUGGGCCAGCUGAAGAAGCACCGGCUCACCCACUCGCCCGCACAGACGGCCGGCGUCAUGCCCUCCCACGCCUCGCUCGGACUCCUGCCCAGCACCGCGUCCUUCUCCUGGCCCCAAGUCGGGUCACAGUCCCUGGACUCCCUUUAAGCAUGCGGCGCGUGUGUGUGUGGGGGUUGCAGCUUUGUUACAUCUGACUUUUGGAAUAUCUUAUUCCAUAAAUAUUUGAUUUCUUUUCUUAACUUUUUGAUCAUAUGAGCUCUAUGAGGUCCUCAUAUGAAGCCUUGAUUUGGGCAAAUCUGGAGACCCGCUGUUCAUGAGCCUAAAAUGUCACCCUGGCCUGUAUGUUACAGAUGUGCCUCAAAUGUCAAGUGUGACAUUGUUAGCCGGAGGCCUUGCAGUGACAGUGACGACUAAUAAACUUUAUUUUAUUGGGUAUAGAAGCAUAUUGGGCCCUAAUUUAAAAGACAAAGUGCUUAAAAAGGGAUAACUAAAGCUAAUUUUGAGCUUUGAGACAAAAUCUGUUUGCUAAUUCAAUACAAUGAGCAAUUUUUUUUUAGAUCUUUGAUGGAUCAGAUCAACGUUCCCAGGUCCCACACACUUUGUGAUGGCUUUAGUUUGUGCAGACACUUUGCUUGUUGAGUGACUUUGCUAUUUGCCUGUCAUUUAAAUUGGGGCCUAUAAGUGUAAGAAAUAAGGUCAGUGUCUCAUUUGUUGUUGAUAACCUGGACCAGUGCUAACAUAACAAAUAUAACCAGAUUGGCCUAUUCUGGUAUUUGUUUAAGCAAGAAAUUGGACAGGAUGCAUAGAUAUUCUGUUCAGAUUAAUGCUGAUUGUAGUUUGAAUAGCCUACAGGGUCACACAGUUGUGUUCUAAUCUUUUGGAAAUCAUUGGGAAAUCUUUUCAGACCAUAAUGACUUAAUGACCAUAAUUACAUAAUUGAUGAUCUUUUGAAUAUCUAGGUGUUGACAUUGUUUUCAGUUCAGUACUACUGUAUAGAGACACAGUGGAAAGAUGUGCUUUAUUUUGCGAACAGAAUGUUAAUUAUUGUAAAUGGCAAUCAGGAUUAAAGUGACAGUUGUGCUAUGCUACUUAUGGUUCACUACAUCAAUUAUUUAAUUUGUCUUAAUAGUUAACGAUUUGUCUAAUUUUAGGUGUCCAUUUCUAUCACAAUUAGUCUGAUGGUAAUCCAGUUUGAAGUAGGCAAAAAACUGACACCAGUUUUGUAUAGAUUAUGUAGCAAUUGCAAUACAAGGUGUGACAAUUACAUGAUGACGCUAAUGCUGUAAUUCAAUUGAAAUAAAAAAAAGACUGGUUUUA